AUGAUUAAUGAUAAUUUACUUAACUCUAAUGAACUCAAUUUAAAUGACACUGUUUACUUUGAAUUUGAGAUGACUAUUUCUCUUGAUUAUUCUGAUACAUACAACAAUUCUGUACCCUCAGAAAAUGAUUACCAAGAUAUAUCUAUAAAUGAAGAUGAAUCAGAUAACAAUAAAACAGAUGAUGAAUUGCAUUUGGAAUUGGUAGUUGGUAUUUCAUUUUUAUACUGGAAAUCUUUUAAAGCUUGGCUUAAUUGUUUUGCACUGCAGAAAGGGUUUGAUUAUAAAAUUAGGACGAGUGAAGCAGAUAAUAAAGGUAUAAUUCGAAGGGCAACCUAUAUGUGUACAAAAGCUGGCACUCACAGUUCAAACAUAACAGUUGAUCCUACUAAGCGUUGUAAUACUAAGUCUCAAAGGACUAAAUGUUCUUGA